AGAGGGUGGACACGCCUGUUAAGCCACUCUGUUUAUGCGUUCUGAUCUUUUCGGCUUUCCAUAUCAGGGAUCUGCGCUUUGUCCCCGUGCUGCCGGUCCAGUCACAUCCCGAGCUGGCUACGGCCAUGGCGGCGGCGCCGGUGAAGCAGCGGACCGGGGCGAGCCGAGCUCAGCUUCCUGCCUGCUAUUAUGAGGGAUAUCUUGAGAAAAGGGGACCUAAAGAGAAGGUGUCCCGGCGACUAUGGACAUGCUUGUGUGGCAACACCUUAUAUUUUUUCAACAAUGCAAAGGACACACACUAUGUAGAGAAAUUGGACCUGAGUGGGUUUGUGUCUCUGAUCGAUGACUGCAGUCGGGACAGAAAUCUGGAGGCAGCUAGAAUGAAUUUACGCCUGAAGGAUGGAGAAAUCAAACUAACUGCUCCUAACUUGGAGGCACGAGAGUUGUGGAAAGGCUUCCUCUACUCUGUAGUAGAUCUGGCAGUGCCCACGACUCUAACCCUGCUGCCUGGGCAACUGCACAUGCUAAAGGAGGUGGUGGAGAAAGAGAGACAGAGAAGAAGAGCGCGAUCGCUCUCCAGAGCUCCCGCAUCCCCCCUCUCGCUCCCUUUGGUAGGAGAGAUCCCUGCCUGUUUCAGGCCUGUCUCUCGUACAGAAGCCGAGGUUCUGCUAGAGCGUCACCCGGACUGUGGAAACAUGCUGCUGAGACCAGGCAGAGAUGGCACAUCACUUGCAGUGACCACGCGACAAGACCUUAAUGGCUCCGUGUUCAGACACUAUCGGGUUACCCAGAAGCCUCAGGGAGGUUACAUCAUUGAUGUGGAAAACCCGAUCCCAUGUCCUACCCUUCAUGAUGUUAUUAACGCACUAGUGGAUAAAACUGCCGGGACGCUUCAGCCUUUUCUACUAGAGGAGCCUUAUGAAGAGAAUAUCACGUACAUUUCAUCCAACGAUGAAAACGGAGAGCGAACACUACACUGUGCGCCCACAAGCACUUUCCCCAGAGGACCCUCCCUGCCCCCAAAAGGAUCAGAGAGAUGGACGUUGAGAUCUCACUCUAAAUCUCCCAGCCCAUCUCACAGGUCGCUAAGCCCUCCAGGUUCGCCGUCCAGCCCUAUGAGACGACUGGUGCUCUCACCUUCGCCCUCACCACUAACACAAACAGCUUUCACAGAGGAGCUCAAACAGAAGCUGGAGAAGAGACGCACCAGUCAGGACUGACUUCCUGCUUUUCCUCAGCCGAUCAGCAGCAUGGCCUCAUCCCCUGGUUGUCUGAUUCUGCCACUGCCUUUGUGCCUUUGACAGUCACUGCUCCUAGACAUUUGAUCUUAUUUCCGUGGCGCAUCAUUAUCAAGCUGAGCAAAAAGAUCCAGGAAAGUCUUCUGCCUUUGGAGAUGAUUCUUCAAGAAGGACAAUGAGGAUUGACCACAGGGAUAUCAACUGAGCCAAGAAUCAGUGUUUCUCCAGACUAAUGGUGCUUCCUGGUAGAUAGGUGGAUUAUGCAGAGAGACAAUGUUGUCUCAUGGUGGAUUUCUGAUUUACAGAGAAGCACGAGCUGCAGCUGUACAGUAAUAAAUGUGCUGAUAUUCUUCUCAUUUAACUGCCAUUAAUGUUAUAAAAUUCUUGCGUGUUCUAAAGACAGCCGUUAAAUUUUCUAAUUUCAUUUGAUGCAUUUUGUCAGCAGCUGCAGCAGGUAAGAUCAUUUUCUGUUAGGUUACAAAAUAAUAUCAGUGAAGAAGUGUCAGAAGUGUAAGUUACUGCUCAGAACAGUGUGUACGGUGUUUCUGUAGUGAAUUUUUUGUGUUGGUGCUCCAGGUUGAAUACUAGACUGGUUGUCAUUACUGGUUUGUGUAAUGAACGUGCAUGGUGCUACUGUUUGUACAAAGAGUUUGUGUAUCACUGUUCAUUUUUCUCAUAUUUAUUGAAAUGA